UCGACCUAAUUGCAUGGACGGGAGACUAGCGCAUUGUGAAGUUUUUUGAAGUUUUUUUCUGCUUCCAUUUAAAAUUAUUAAAAAACUUGAAUUCGGCGUAAAUAUUCAUAAUUGAAUGACACACGCCCUUAAGACUAAAACAACAACAACAACAACAACAACAAUUCUAUUUAUUCUAGUCGGGUGUCUAGCUAGUCGUCCGAUCCCAUACGUCUAAUUUGAUGUUGGUCAGUGUCAUAUCUCGUAGGCCUAGACAAUGUCGAACUCAAUGCUACUAAGCCAAAUACUCCUUAGUCGUAUUAGACGCAGACGGCGUCAGGAAGCUCAAGAUCGACGACGGAGAUAUUUUGCUUACUUUCGAAGACGUCGGUAUGAAACAGCAAACGUAAUGAUUCUCCUAUUAUCGAUGUGCGACUCUCGGGAGCGCGUGCCGCGGUCGAUCUGGGCGCUGCCCAAGUCCGUGCACUGGUGGAACAACAUAGUUCUUGCAACAUGGGACGACCAAAUGUGGCUUGAAAACUUCAGGAUGACCAAAGCUACAUUCAGAUACCUCCUUAAAGAGCUCAAACCUCACAUCUCAAAGAAAGAUACCAACUUUCGGAAGGCCACACCUCCGGACCAGCGUCUCGCUAUAACCCUGUGGAGGCUAGCAGCAAACAUCGCCUAUAGUACAUUAGCUGACCUGUUUGAAGUUGGAAUUUCAUCAGUUUGUCUUAUAACCUUGACUGUUACAGCAGCCAUCAACAGUGUUUUUCGAAAGCGUCUCACCCUUCCAACUGGUGAAAGACUGCAGGAGUGCAUUCAGCGCUUUGAAGACAAAGGAUUCCCACAAGCUGUAGCUGCCAUAGGUUGCUGUCACAUCCCCGUCAAAACUCCCAGGAAACAAGAAUACAUCAACAUAAAAGGGUUUUCCUCUAUGAUACUUCAAGCAGUUGUGGAUAGCUUUGGACAGUUCAUUGAUGUGAGCGUAGGAUGUCCUGGCAGCAUGGACGAAGCAGCAGUGUUCAGAAACUCAGAAAUGUCCAGAAUGAUGAAGGACGAUUCCCUCUUCAACCUGCCACCCAAGGUAAUUGAAGCCACCUCUAUUCCUGUCCUGGUGCUUGGAGGGGAAGCAUAUCCACUCAUGCCAACCCUCAUGAAACCAUACAGCGUUAAUGGAACACUAACAGGUGCACAGAAAGUCUUCAAUCGUAGACUAAGUUCUUGCCACAGUACGGUUUACCGUGCCUUUGAGCAUCUGAAAGGGAGAUGGAACAUCCUUCAUAACAUGCAAGACAACCAGGUGACAAAGGUCCCCUCCAUAGUUCUUGCAUGCUGCAUCCUGCAAAACCUUGUAGAGAGUCGAGGUGACCCUUUCCUGGACGAGUGGUCUGGAGAAGAUGGUUUCCCUGUGCCACAUGGACCGGCCCAGGACGAUGCUGGCAGUGGUGCAAAUGCCUCUUCCAUCCGCAAUGCACUUACUCUGCACUUCAUUGAUAAUGCUCUAGGAGAAAAAUAACACAGUUCCGGGCUGCUCCAUCCAUGUUACUGCACAACCUUGUAGAAAGCCAAGGUGACCCUUUUCUGGAUAAGUGGUCCCAGAAGAUGUUCUCUCUGUGCCAAAUGGACUGGCAUGGGAUGAUGCUAGCAGUGGCGCAAGCACCUCUUUCAUCCAAAAUGUGAUUACUCUGCACUUUAUUGUUUAAAGUACGAGAGAGUAGUUACUCUCAGGUGCUUAAAUAUUAUUUACUGAACCAAAGUGGACAGUACUAAUUAAAAAGUAGGAAAAUAAGAACUCAUUUAUUCACGGACAUGGAAAUAUGGUGCAACAACACUAAAUGUGCUUUAUUUUCCUUUUAUAUGGUAAAAGUGGUUUAGCACUGUAAAACCUAUGCAUAGCUACCAACAUAGUUUGUGUCUUAUCUUUCAGAAUGUGACAAGUGUUUCUUUUAAACUUGUAUUAUCAGGACAACCCCAGAGUUUUGGAACACACAUCUCUCCUCCAGAGUUCCUAAUCUGAUGCUUUGAUUUUAUCAUUUUUAUUAGAUUUAUUUGUAAAAGCUUUCCACUUAGGAGGGAAGGUAAAAUAUCCUGUUUUGAUUUUACAAAGAUCAUAUGAAGUGUUACUUCAGGAUUUUAAACAUGCAGACAAUUAUAAUAUAAGUGUUACUAUAUUAUGUAAUUUCUGUUUCUGGUAUGUAUAAAAGUUCAUGUGUGCCAUAAAUUGAGCCCAGACAUAAACACUGAUUAUAAAGUGGGUAGAGCAAGUCCAUUAGUUAAGGCCCCCCCUCC